AGAGCCAUCUGAAGGUGAUUCUUGUCAUUAAGUAUUAAAAUUAAAUCACGUUUUUUGUUCCAUGUUUUUCUUAUUUCUGAGUUAAAUUUAAUUGGUUCUGAAUUUAAUUGAUUAUAAUGGCGCAAAUAUUAGCUGGAAUCGGACGUCUCGGUCUUGGUAUUGCCCUCGCUGGUGGUGUUGUUAACAGUGCUUUGUAUAACGUCGAUGGUGGCCAUAGAGCUGUAAUUUUCGAUAGGUUUUCAGGAGUUAAACCUAACGUUGUUGGUGAAGGAACUCACUUUUUGAUACCAUGGGUUCAAAAGCCUAUCAUUUUUGAUGUACGAUCAAGACCCAGGAAUGUACCGGUUGUUACUGGAAGUAAAGAUUUACAAAAUGUUAACAUUACCCUGCGUAUAUUAUUUAGACCGGUUCCUGAAAAUUUACCAAAGAUGUAUUCUAGCCUAGGUGUUGACUACGAUGAAAGAGUUUUACCUUCUAUUACAAAUGAAGUUCUUAAAGCCGUUGUAGCUCAAUUCGAUGCUGGUGAAUUAAUUACACAAAGAGAGAUCGUUUCACAAAGAGUCAGUGAAGAUCUUACAGAAAGAGCUGCGCAAUUUGGUUUGCUACUGGAUGAUAUUUCAUUGACACAUCUUACUUUUGGUCGAGAAUUCACUGCUGCUGUUGAGAUGAAACAGGUAGCUCAGCAAGAUGCCGAAAAAGCUCGUUUCUUAGUCGAGAAAGCCGAGCAGUUGAAAAAGGCUGCAAUCAUUACAGCAGAAGGAGACUCUCAAGCUGCUGCUAUGUUGGCUUCAGCUUUCGGAAAAGCCGGAGAGGCAUUAGUUGAACUUCGUAGAUUAGAAGCUGCUGAAGAAAUCGCCGCUGUACUUUCUAGGUCUCGAAAUGUUAUUUAUCUGCCUCCAAACCAAAACGCCCUACUUCAAAUCCCAUCUUAAUAUGCUUGAAGCAUUUCAUAGUGUAAUAGAUCUACCUUUUGUAAUUUUUUGUUCGUGCUAAUUUUGAUGAGCUAUUAUCAAUUACUAUUAUCGAUUAAUAUUUCAAAAUAAUAAACUUUAAUUACAAUCAAUA